GUGACAGAGCUUACACUGAGCUGUGUCUCCAUUUCUGCCUCUCCCAGGGGCCUGAGCAAGGCUGAAACCAGACAAAGUGUGCUGACUUUACUGCAGGAUCACACCUUGCCACAGAAACAGACUCUGUUCCUAAGGACCCAAGGUCCAGUGACUGGAGUGUGAUUUCAGCGCUCCACCUGACCCUCUGGAGGAGGAGCCAGGCUUCUUCCCAGUAUAUGUCACUUGGAAAAUUGUUAAAGGCCAUGCCACUGAGGAGCCUAAGGCACAGACACUGAGUCCAGGAGGUUUUGACCGGGCCAGGCUGUGCAGGUGCCAUCUGGACACAGGAGACUUCCAGAUCCUUGGCCUUUGGUAGCUGGAGGAAGGAUCCCAUUAAUAAGAUGUUGGGUACCCACUCAGGCCUCACAAACCAUCUAAUUUUCUUGCCUCUCCCUCCACUCCUGUGAGAGAACCUUGUUCUAUGGCAGCCUUGUCUUCCCUGUGCAUUCUGCCCUCUCUGGAGUUUGCUUCUGGAUCUGCAGCCUUGGGGAAAAGGGACAUGACCUUCAGCUUGCUAUCUCCCGCCCCUUCUGGGAAAUACUGCAGCCACACCUGAGAGCUGCAAAUGAAGAAAGGAGAUGAGCUCUUGCCACAGAACUUCUGAGUUGAGCAGGGCUCUCAUGAAAAGGCUUUGCUGGAGAACUUAGAAACAGGGAAGGAAUGAAGCCAGGAGGACAUCAAAGUCCAGCCUGCUGGGAACGACAGUAACAGAUGAGCAAGGAGCUAGCAGCAAUGGAGCCUGGAGAUUCAGGGGAUGCAGUCAGCGCUGAGGCAGCACCACACUCGGCACUGGACUCUGGAGUCAGCCUGCAUGCCUAUGACAUCCUGGUGGUGGUCAUCUACUUUGUCUUCGUCCUUGCUGUGGGGAUCUGGUCAUCUGUCCGUGCAAGCAGAGGGACCAUUGGUGGCUAUUUCCUGGCUGGGAGAUCCAUGACUUGGUGGCCAAUCGGAGCAUCGCUGAUGUCCAGCAAUGUGGGCAGUGGCUUGUUCAUCGGCCUGGCUGGGACAGGGGCUGCUGGAGGCCUUGCUGUGGGUGGCUUCGAGUGGAAUGCAACCUGGCUGCUCUUGGCUCUGGGCUGGAUCUUUGUCCCUGUGUACAUCGCUGCUGGUAUGGUCACCAUGCCACAGUACUUGAAGAAACGAUUUGGAGGACAGAGGAUCCAGGUGUAUAUGUCAGUCCUGUCUCUCAUCCUCUACAUCUUCACCAAAAUAUCGACUGACAUCUUCUCUGGAGCAAUCUUUAUCCAGAUGGCCUUAGGUUGGAACCUCUAUCUCUCCACAGUGAUCUUGCUGGUGGUGACAGCUGUCUACACCAUUGCAGGAGGGCUCACUGCUGUGAUCUACACAGAUGCUCUACAGACCGUCAUCAUGGUAGGGGGAGCACUGGUCCUCAUGUUCUUGGGUUUUCAAGAGGUGGGCUGGUACCCAGGCCUGCAGCAGCUAUAUAAGCAAGCCAUUCCCAACGUCACAGUUCCCAACACCACUUGUCACCUCCCACGGCCUGAUGCCUUCCACAUGCUUCGUGAUCCUGUGAAUGGGGACAUCCCAUGGCCAGGUUUAAUUUUUGGACUCACAGUCCUGGCAACCUGGUGUUGGUGCACAGACCAGGUGAUUGUGCAGAGGUCUCUCUCCGCCAAGAGUCUUUCCCAUGCCAAGGGGGGCUCAGUGCUGGGAGGCUACCUAAAAAUCCUCCCAAUGUUCUUCAUUGUCAUGCCUGGCAUGAUCAGCCGGGCUCUGUACCCAGAUGAAGUUGCCUGUGUAAACCCUGACAUCUGUCAAAGAGUGUGUGGGGCCAGAGUGGGAUGCUCCAACAUUGCCUACCCAAAGCUGAUCAUGGCUCUCAUGCCCGUGGGUCUAAGGGGUCUGAUGAUCGCUGUGAUCAUGGCUGCCCUGAUGAGCUCACUCACCUCCAUCUUCAACAGCAGUAGCACCCUAUUUGUCAUAGAUGUGUGGCAGCGCUUCCGCAAGCAGGCAACGGAACAAGAGUUGAUGGUGGUAGGCAGGUUGUUCAUAGUCUUCCUAGUAGUCAUCAGCAUCCUCUGGAUCCCCAUCAUCCAGAGCUCCAACAGUGGGCAGCUCUUUGACUACAUCCAAUCUAUCACCAGCUACCUAGCCCCACCCAUCACAGCCCUCUUCCUGCUGGCCAUCUUCAGCAAAAGGGUCACUGAGCCUGGUGCCUUCUGGGGCCUCACUUUGGGCCUAGCAGUGGGAAUAGUGCGCAUGAUCCUUGAAUUCUCAUAUCCUGCCCCAGCCUGUGGGGAGAUGGACAGGAGGCCUGCUGUCCUGAGAGACGUCCACUACCUGUAUUUUGCCCUCCUCCUCUGUGGACUUUCUGCCAUCAUCACUGUCAUAAUCAGUUUCUGCACAGAGCCCAUCCCUGAUGAAAAGCUUGCUCGCUUGACCUGGUGGACGAGGAACUGCCCCUUACCUGAAGUGGAGAAGAGAGCCUCUGUGAGUGGGGACAUGGAGGGGGAAAACACUCCAGGGCUGGCAGGGACACCAGCUGUGGAGGGCCCCUCAGGAGAUGGAGAAGAAGCAAGACCCACCCAGGGGCCUGAGAAACCAAGAGCCCAGCAUAGGUCUUGGGGGAAAUGGCUGUGGAGCUGGUUCUGCGGACUCUCAGGGGCCCCACAGCAAGCCCUGAGCGCAGCUGAGAAGGCUGCAUUGGAGAAGAAGCUGACCAGCAUCGAGGAGGAGCCCCUCUGGAGACAUGUCUGCAACAUCAAUGCCAUCAUCCUGCUGGCCAUCAACAUCUUUCUCUGGGGCUAUUUUGCGUGAUCCUAUAGGACAGGAUUUAGUUGAAGUAAUUUAAUAUAUCUGAACCCUGGCCAAGCCCAGAGACCAGAGGCAGCCUCUCUUCUCACCUUUCUAUACUAACUGAGCCACAGAGGCAGAGAAUAAAACCCCACGAAGAACAUCCAGUCAAAUAUACUUGACACGUGGAGACAUGAAAUGGAGCGACCACUAGGACUGCCCAGGGUCACACAGCAGGACUCACACUGGGUCUCCAAGUUCAGCUUUCUUUCUGCUAUACUGCCCUGUAACCCUACCUCAAAAACAUCAUUUCCACGGUUUGUUCAAGAAUCUCCAUUGGUAUGUAUAUCUUCAGGUUAUACACAUAGUAAGAAAAUGAGUAGAGAAUUCUAUCCAAGUACACUGUGUUUCCCUAUUUUUCUUAUCUGCUCUCCCUUUCUGUUUUCUCUCUCCGUCUCCCUUGUCCUCCUUGGCUCCCAGUAAUGUUCAGCAUGAUUUCAGUGAAGAGGGACUUAUCAUCCCAUUGGGUUCCCAGUUGUGGCUGCCAAUCCCAUAAGAGUGAAAGGCAGAGGUAAAAGACAGGUGUCCAGGACACAGCACUCCUAGACCAGGAUUCUCCUUGGCACAGUUCUAAUUCUUCUUCUUCCCUUACAUUCACUCCUGAAGUCUCCAUAGCCUAGGCCUAGGCUUAGUGUCCAGCCAGAGAGACAAAAUAUGUUAAAAGCAACAAGAAUCAAACAGCCCUAGGGAGCAGAAAGGACAGCCUGGGGGUGGACACUCCAGUCUUUAUCCCUUUGCUUUCAUCUGUUAAAACUCCUUCCAUGAAAUAUACCAGAGUCUGUGACCUUGAGAAGGUUCCCAAGAAGCUUUCCAAAUACCUCAACUUGGGUCAAGGUCCUACUCAGCCCUCACAGUGCAUAGGCUGCGUCCCUGUGGCCUUUAUCACAUUGCCCUGUAGUGCUGUCUCCUUUCUAGAUAGUUCAUGCAUAUGAACAGGGAUCAACGGUUAUGUCCAACAUGACUUUGUACUUGUAAACAAAAGAAGUCAAUAAAUGCUUGUUGGGUUCAUAUA